CUUAGCUAGAGCAGUCAGAUUGUUGGUGUUUGCGUUGGUGGAAGGUUCUUGUUUUGCUCAAGUGUUCUACAGUUCUCUGGAGUCGUUAUCAAUCAGUGGGAACGUUCGAGUUUAAGUAGAUAAGAAAGCACUCGUUGAGUGAAAGCAAGACCUGUGGAGUUAUAUCGACAGUUAAAUCUAAGAAAGUUCAACGCUCGGUCCCCACGUUCAAGGCAAGAUGUUCCUGACCCGACUGGUUACCCGGACCACCGGAGCCCGGUUCCGGGCAGCCGCCCUCGGACUUUUCGGCACCGCCGUGGUCGCCAUGAAUCUCCUCUCGACGUCCAGCGUCCUGGCCUCCUCCGCCACUCCCAAGACCGUGUACGACUUUAGCGCCGUGGACAUCGACGGCAACAAGGUCUCGCUGGACCGUUACCGGGGCCACGUGUUGAUUAUCGUGAACGUGGCCUCCAAGUGCGGCUACACCGACGGCCACUACUCGGAGCUGAACCAGCUGUACGAGGAGUACGGCGAAUCGAAGGGUCUCCGCAUUCUGGCGUUCCCAUCGAAUCAGUUCGCGAACCAGGAGCCGCAGACCAAUGAGCAGAUUAAAAAGUUUGCCCAGGAGAAGAAGGGCGCCAAGUUUGAUCUGUUCUCCAAGAUUUACGUCAACGGGGACGAAACGCACCCGCUGUGGCAGUUCCUGAAGGAGAAGCAGGGCGGCACCCUGUUCGAUGCCAUCAAGUGGAACUUUACCAAGUUUAUCGUGGACAAGAACGGCAACCCGGUGGAGCGCCACGGGCCGCAAACGAGCCCGCUCGAGCUGAAGAAGAACCUGGAGAAAUACUUUUGAGCAUUUAUGGGGAAAAGCAAUUUACUCGAAUGAAAGGUAGGAACGGUUUAGUGGAACUGACUUUGAAUUCUCUGUUGUUUGAAAUAGCUUAAACGCAAUGAACCAAUCGUAAAUAUUGUCACAUUUAUUGACAAAUAGUUAUCGCUUCAGCAAAUAAAAAACUUAGCAUCAAAA